GGAAGGAGGGAGGAGAGAGAGAGACACUGUCCGUUAAUUUCAGUUAAAAAGGGAAAAGGAGGAAAAAUGGUUACAGACCAGGAAAUAUCGCAAGCCGUACAAUCUCUCUUCAGGGAUUCAAACCCUAGAAGAAGCUUCACCACCUUCAAUGAAGUUGUGCAGGAGCUUCAGGCCAAGCUCGGCCACGACCUUACCCACAAACUCGACUUCAUCACUGAACAGAUUAACCUUUUGUUUGGAUCUUACCCACCGCGGCCGCCUCCGUCGCCGCAUCAGCAGGCAAGCCCCUUGCUACAGCCACAGCAUCCUCAACUCGUACCACCCCCUUCGAAGGACAAGAUCAUCCUUUCUCGAAACCCUAAUUUUCAAACCGCUCCUCCUACUCCGGUAACUUCGGCAUUCCAAAGCUUCACCUCUCAUCCUGCGACGGUUAAACCGGAUGCUACCGCCGCCGCCGAUGGAACCGGCCACGAACCUCCCUCUAAUUUGGGCAUUGAGGCCCCCAAGGAGAGUACUCAAACUAAAGCAAAGAGAAGAGGUGGCCCAGGAGGCCUCAACAAACUUUGCGGUGUUUCCCCUGAACUGCAGGUUAUUGUUGGCCAGCCAGCAUUACCAAGAACUGAGAUUGUGAAACAACUGUGGGCUUACAUAAGGAAAAACAAUCUCCAAGACCCUAGCAACAAAAGGAAAAUCAUUUGCAAUGACGAGCUGCGUGUGGUGUUUGAGACAGAUUGUACUGACAUGUUCAAGAUGAAUAAGCUGCUAGCUAAACACAUCAUCCCACUGGAACCAACAAAACAGCCAGUUCGAAAGAAGCAGAAGGCAGAUGUGGAGCCAGGAACACAAAGUGCUGAAUCCGCUUCACUCUCUGUAAUUAUAUCUGAUACACUUGCUAACUUUUUUGGUACUACUGGAAGGGAAAUGCUUCAGUCGGAGGUUUUAAGACGAAUUUGGGAGUAUAUAAAGGUUAAUCAGCUAGAGGAUCCACUGAAUCCUAUGACAAUACUAUGUGAUGCAAAGCUUCGGGAGAUCUUUGGCUGUGAGAGCAUUCCUGCAUUGGGGAUACCAGAAGUGUUGGGUCGUCAUCAUAUAUUCAGAAGAUCAUGAAGCUGAUGAAAUUCUAUGGUUGGUAGAUUUUUAUACUUGUGUUUAUGAUGAUUCCUGUUAAAGUUACAGUAGUGUUAUCUGUCCUCAUCAUUAUCGAGCUUCAUGGACUCAUCAUUUAAAUUCAAUCAAUCGAUUUCAGGCCAAACAAAAAAUUCAGUAGAAAGAUUAAUUCUGUGAUGUCUCUAAAUCUGAUGAUCCUCUGGAUCUGUAACGGCGUUUACAUGAUUCAGCUUAUUACUUGUAUUUAAUGUGGUGUGGGCAUUAAAAUUAAAAAUAUUUUUAAUUUAAUUUUCAUCAUUUUGAAAGUAACUGAAAAUUGAUUACUGUAAUAAUCAGGGUUAUAAGUAGCCUGUGUCGUGUAUGCUCUUCUCAUUGCCAUAAUCAGGAAUGUAAAUAAAUUGCUUCUUAUAAGCUCUUCCGGCUCUGAUUUUUGUGGUUUUGACUUUCAUGGUUUGCUCUGGGCUUGCGACUACAGUCAUGUAAAACUCCUUAUUGUCUGUGUAUUCUUCAGAAUCGAUCUUGUUUGAAAUAGUAUUACAUGCAUAUUUAUGAACUAUAUUAUAUCAACCCAAGACCUGGGAAGAUUGAGGCAAUGAGGGAAUGGAUGAAUGAUGCAAGAGAAGCAGUUUACAGAACUUAUUAAGAUUCGAUUAUGAUGGUAUGGGGUAAUUUAUGAUUGAGGAAGUGAAUGGCUGCAUUUUUCAGUCAUGCAUUUACUUCGAUAAAUAAUAUUUGUGCUUGGAAUUCUAAUGGAAUAUUUGCUUUUGGUUGCAGUCACAAAUUGCUUGCUGUUAAUUCCAGUACAGUACAUGCUGAUUCUGGGAACAUGUUGAUAUGGCUAUGUAAUUUGACUAGCUAGAUUUUAGUGUUCUUAUCUUAGUGACAACUGAUAUUUUGAUUAUGGCUCUGUCACUAGGUUAUGAUGCUGCUUCUGGCCUUUCUAACUUGGCAGAUAGGUUAGAAUGAUUAAUCGCACUUGCUGACACCUCUAAAAUGCUUACUGUAGAUGAGAAAAUGAUGUAAAGUGUGAUCAUAACUUCCUUUAAACAUGACUUUGUUUAUGUUGAUGUAAUGAAGCAUGCCAGAUAAUUUGGGUCUUUAUUCCUUUA